CUAUCGUGAUUUAAUCAGGUAUUCUGAUACUCUGAUAUAUGUAGGUUGGAUGAGACGACAGCUUAACCAAACUGGCUGAGAAACAAGUAUUAUCUCUACCUGGAAUAAAUUCUUAUUAGUGUUAUUAUUUAUUUUUCCUUUUCCCUCUAAACUGUACUGUGAAUUAAUGGAACCUGUUAAGCGUCUUAUAUACUCUGGCAUAGCCAAAUAAACAUUUACCUUCUCUAGAAACUCCACCCUGGGAAUACACUAAGACCUGCUGGAAAUACUACCUGGCUAACCCUGGAUCAGGCUGCAAAUGGUCUUCUGUGAGUCUGGUGAAGAGGAAAGGACUAAACCAUGAACAACGUAGAGUGAGAGGGAUAAUGGGGUUGGAAACCGUUGAUCUAAUCUAACACUGUUACAUUUUUAUACUGAUUGGGAAAGGAUUUUUUUUUUUCUUUUCUUUUCAGUCACAAGAAGAUAGCUGUUCAACUCCUAAUGGAAAAAAAUCUGCAGGAAUUAUUUAGUAAUCUCCUCCUGGAAAUAAUUUGCAUCUGAUAGUUACUUCUGGGGCCAAAUAAAGUUAGUUGAGAAUCCCAAGGCACUUCUGAGGAGGCAGAUGUCUACAUCACAAAAUGAUUAUCCUUUUACGCUGUGGUGUUAACAGUCUCAGUUGACAGAAUGGCGGGUGUUUUUUUUUAUUUAUUAUUUUAUUUUGUUUUGUUGUUGUUUUUUCCCUCCCCCUCUGUUUGUCUGACUCAAGAAGAAGCCUACUGCUGGAAGACCUGAAUUACUUCUACUUCUGUCAGAUAGGGGCUGCGGAUUUCCAUCUCCCUACCUUUCAAUCUCAUCUCUCUCAUUUUGUAGAUAAAGAAAAAUUAACACAUGCUGUCAAUUUUGAUAAUUACUGAACUUGCUGAUGGUUUUAAAAGGAUAAAUUGAUUGUGUCAUCUAAGAAGAUGUGUCCAAUAUUGCCCAGUUUGAAGUCCAAAAGAAAUCUUACCACUUUUAACAGGAGAAGCUGGCAGUCUUAAAUUAUCUCUUAAGCAACAUUUUGUUAAUGUUUUGCAAUUCAGUCUGCCAUUGAACAGGCAGGGCAGUCUAAAAGAAAUGAAGAUAACAUUAGGGGUGGUAGAUAUUAUAUGUGCACAUACCUUGUAUAUUUAGGAUAAAUUAAAUAGAUAGCUGCAGAGCUUAGGGAAAAAAAAAAAAGAUUGUCAGUAUUUCUAAAUGUUAAUGGGGAGUAUUGAAACAAAACUUCAUUUGUAGGCUGGACAUGUUUCAUGAUAUUACGCUUUCUGUAUCUACAGACAAAAUGCUUUCUACUGCAGAUCACAGAAUCAGAAAUGAUCUUAAUGGUUGGGAAGACAAUGCAAUGUAGCCAGUUAAUGAAAGAGCUUGAUCUGUACAGAAAAUUAUUUUGAGCAGAUACACACAUACAUAGAAAGAAAGAUUAAUUUAGAGACCUUUGUCAUUAAAGCAGAUUUUUGUAUGGUUUUCUGUGGGAUUUAAGGGGGAUUAAAUGUUUGACAUCACUUUGCCUGCACAGGCUAUGUUGAAGAGGUUACUGAGCGAGUGAUGGAGAACUCAAAUAUGCGCCUAUGCUGAAAGAGUGGAAGAAAUGGAUCAGGCUGCAGCCUGGCAAAAAAAUUUGCUUUAUCUACUACAUUUCUAAAAGCAGGGUGCUUCUGGUAUGACAGCAGAUGCCACAGGAAUGUAGAGCUCAAGGAAUUUUAAUGAUUUGCCAAAAUACGAGGGGAACUCAGAGAGGACAUCAGAACUGGGAUGCCUAUGUCUUCUGUCUUCAGUGAUGCCUUGCUUCACAUGCAUCCUUUGUGUGAUAUGCUGUUUCUAAACAGUAAAAGCACUAAAAAUAAAAAGUCAGCAAGGUGGAUUGGCUGAUCAGGUGCAUUUCUCUUUUGGAAGAGAUGGUCCUGGUCAUGAAACUUCUGCUCCUCACCUGCCUGUGGCCAACAGCAGUGCUACACAGCUCUCAAAGUCAGCAUCACCAUCGUCAUCAUCGGCAACAUUUCUCAUUCUUAAGAAAACAUAACAGCAAACGAGAAAUUAAAAUGAGGAAACUUGACAGCACCAAAGUACGGCCACUUAAAUCUGAGCAGCUUCUUCGCAUAGAGGACCAUGACUUUGCACUGAGACCUGGAUUUGGAGGGUCGCCAAUACCUGUGGGCAUUGAUGUGCAGGUAGAAAGCAUUGACAGCAUAUCUGAAGUUGACAUGGACUUCACAAUGACUUUGUAUCUCAGACAUUACUGGAAGGACGAGAGACUUUCAUUUCGUAGUACCAAAAACAAAAGCAUGACUUUUGAUGGAAGACUGAUAAAGAAGAUCUGGGUACCUGAUGUAUUUUUUGUACACUCCAAAAGAUCUUUCAUCCAUGAUACAACUGUGGAAAAUGUCAUGCUCCGAGUAUACCCUGAUGGCAAUGUACUCUUCAGUCUACGAAUAACAGUUUCUGCUAUGUGUUUCAUGGAUUUCAGUAGGUUUCCUCUGGACACUCAGAACUGUUCGUUAGAACUGGAAAGCUAUGCAUAUAAUGAAGAUGAUCUGAUGCUAUACUGGAAACAUGGAAAUCAGUCCUUGAGCACAGAUGAACACAUCUCCCUCUCCCAGUUUUUCAUUGAAGAAUUCAGUGCUUCCAGCGGACUCGCAUUUUACAGCAGUACUGGCUGGUACAAUCGACUUUUCAUAAAUUUUGCACUCCGGAGACAUAUUUUCUUUUUUGUGCUUCAAUCCUAUUUCCCAGCCAUGCUGAUGGUGAUGCUGUCUUGGGUUUCAUUCUGGAUUGACAGAAGAGCUGUUCCUGCCAGGGUAUCACUAGGCAUAACUACAGUGCUGACAAUGUCAACCAUCAUUACAGGAGUAAGUGCCUCAAUGCCUCAAGUGUCUUACAUAAAGGCUGUGGAUGUGUAUUUAUGGAUCAGCUUCCUUUUUGUCUUCCUAUCUGUCAUCGAAUAUGCUGCAGUGAACUAUCUCACCACAAUUGAAGAGAGAAAACAACUCAAAAAAAGGGGCAAGGCAUCAGGAAUGUACAGUAUUGAUGCAGUGCAAGCAAUGGCUUUUGAUGGCUGCUACCACGACCCAGAUGUGGACAUGGACCUGACUUCUUUCUCUGACCGCUGUGAAGAGAACGCAACGCGGGCACGAGCAACCAGUGUCUCCAACGUGGGCCCAGCUCGCAUCAAGAGAAAGAGAUCUCUGAAAGGAAACGUGGGCAGGAUUAUUCUGCAGAACAAUCAUGUCAUUGACACAUAUUCCAGGAUUAUAUUUCCCAGUGUGUAUAUCGUGUUCAACUUUUUUUACUGGGGUUUGUACAUAUGAAAAGAAAUCAUUAUAAGCUAGACAUUAUUUUGUGUAUGACAGUAGCAUUGUGCUCUAAAAAUAAUGCAAAAGCAGUACAGGAAAUGGUUGAGAGUUUCUGAAACUGGCUUCUGUGUCAAACCGAGGCAGGUUUGUUUAGCAGCAAACCUGCUAAUGAAAAAUUCUCAUGAGCCUGUUUUUUCAGUUGGACUGUGUGGUGCUUUAUUGGGGCAAUCAAAUGCACACGCUACUGCUGCAGUAGCACAGAAGCAAUUUGCUCACUAAGGGAGCCCUUUAUCACACACCUAAACAGAUAGCAGCUCUUGGUCAAUGUAUGUAUUAUUCAGUGUCUAUCUAUACUAUAAUCAUUCCUCUUUAAUCAGCCUUUCUGUUUGUUCUCCACUUGUUGUCCAGGUUCGUUUUCAGUCAGCACCAAUCGCCUUCAAAUAGCUCCUAUCCCUAUUUCACAUGCUGCAUUUCUGUUUUGCUAGGCAACCUGUAUACACCUCUGGAGCCUUUGUCCUCAGAUAGUAGGGAAAGCAGGAAGCAAAGUUAAUGGGGCUUUGUACAUGGUGCAUCAUCAAAGCCUCAAGAAAAACCUUCACCCUGUCAGCUAUACUCGUCUUUCCACAGGAUCACUGGAAGGGACCUCUAUUCUGGAGAAAUCUUGAUCACUAGUAUCCGAGGUAGCAAAGGAAUAGCGUCCCAGAUGCAAUGCACUCCGUGUCCUACAGCCACCUGCCUGGUGGAUGAAUAGUGUCACCUGCACAAGGUGUGCCCUUCAGUGUGACACCUGCACACCUGUGCCUCAUGUUAGGCCUGCUGUAGUCACCUGCUUUCUGUAUAACUGCUCUUUUCAGAAACCUAGCCUUUGAGGAAGAGAUUUUAGAAUACUUUGUCAAGAAAGCAAACAAACCAUGUUUUUAGCAGAAUCUGGUUCUUCCAUUUUAUACUGUAUACAUGAACUUGGGUUUUUGUCCCAUCCUUGCCUUCACAGAUUGGAAGUUACAGUGAGGGGGUGCUUGCCUGCAGCACUUGUCCCUAUCACAGCUCAAGCUACCACACCAACACCUGAGAAACACAGGAAAUAAAAAGAAGCUGCUGUGCCAAAACAGAGCCAUAUACAGGAAACCUGCUGGUCCCAGAUGAGUCCUGCAUGGCACCCUUAGGUUGAAGGGUUAAUUCAACCCCUUUAGGUUGAAUUAAAGAUGUUCAGGGACACACACAAGAAGUGUUCACAGGUCCAGAAAAGAAUCAAGAUUACUUCUGUGGCUUUCCCAAAUGAGAAACAUUUUCCACUUAAAUUUCCUGGUUUUGUCUGUCAAUUAAUGAAGUGAGUUCAAAUGUACAAAUUCAGUUCAAAAUGAUAAUUUGUGAUAACAAAAAAUAUGAAAAGGUAAAUGUUUGGUCACUGCUUGGUUAAAAUUAGGAAAUGGGAAUAAAUUUGGAAGUCUGAACCACUCUCGGAUUUAUGAUUUUCCUACUCCAAUAUUGUUUCAUUAUAGCAUGGUGAUGUCUCGUACUGUUUCAAAAAGCUGCAUUUGUCAAGCUCUCAGUUACAGAGCUGGAAAAGCUGGUGACACAUUGCAUGCUGGCUGAUUGAAAUCUGAUGGAGUAAGUGGGUACUUUGGCAGUCAAGUCACUGCCAAACAAAUGAUCAGAGCUAAGACAGCUUUGAUACUCUUCCAGGAAAUCCUGACAUGGAAAGGAGAACUGUACCAGGAAUGACAAUGCUGGGAACAUAAAGCCAAAGGACACGCAGGGUUUUGGCAACAGCAACGGCACACCAGACCUCAAGCUGAGCAGAUGUGUAAUAUAAAUAUAUAAAAGAAAUCACCAUGUCAUCCUUGUUACUGCACUGCUAUUAUGAAUGCAUCCUGCACAGAUGUUCCAGAUUGCCUGAGAAGAUCCCAUCUAAUUGCUCCAGAUGUGUGCGCCCUAAACUUAUAGCAUGAACUAAUGUAACACCAUUGUUUUCACAUAAAUUUUUUAUCUGCCUUAUGGGAAGAGCUAUUUAUCCAAAUAAGAAGUAUUUAUCCAAAAGUAAAUCUUCAUCCUCUGACAGAAAAAGUACCCAAGUGCUUCUUGACCCAAAACAAUUCCCUCUUCUAAAUAUCUUGGAGGAUCUGC